AGAAGAAGGCGGUGGUGGCGGGUGGAGGAUCGAGCGCUGUUCUCGCUCCGGAGCCGCUGCACAGUUCGGAAUCUUCUGCAGCUUAUUCAUUGUGUGAGUAAAAACUAAAUCACAUCCAUAAUUGCACUGAACUGGGCACACGAAAACUGCCAUAUAUGUCACAGUAUACUGAAAAAGAGCCAGCAGCAAUGGAUCAAGAAUCCAGCAAGGCUGCCUGGCCCAAACCAGCAGGAGGAUAUCAGACAAUCACAGGCAGGAGAUACGGAAGAAGACAUGCAUAUGUCAGUUUUAAACCAUGUAUGACCAGGCAUGAAAGAAGUUUAGGUCGGGCUGGUGAUGACUAUGAAGUGUUGGAACUAGAUGAUGUUCCAAAGGAAAAUUCCUCAGGUUCCAGUCCAUCGGAUCAAAUUCAUUCUUCUUUACCCAACGACACUUUAUUUGAAAAAAGUGAAACAGAAAUUCCCAUUUGUGAUACAACAUUGAAUCAAACCAUUGAGAGCAGUCCAUCCUUUGCUGCAGUACAUCAUAGUGAGGAGGGCAGGGAGACUUUAGGUAGCAGUACAGAUCUUCAUAAUCACUGUGAGGGAGAAUAUACUACAGAAGCUUGCAAUGCUUCAAGUGUACAAAAUGGAAUUUCAUUGGUUCAGACUGACUCUUACGAUCCAGAUGGCACACAUGGAGAGGCCAAUGACCGUCUUCAGCUUUCUGCAGAAGUUGUGGAAGGUGGUGGAUAUCAGGAAGCAUUGGGCAAUACAAUACUUGAAUUGGCAAAUGGAGAGGUAGAGGCAUACACUGGUCUUUCACCACCAGUUCCCUCUUUCAACUGUGAAAUAAGGGAUGAAUUUGAAGAGUUAGAUUCAGCACCUUUAGUCAAAAGUUCUACUGGUGUUACUGAGUUUGUCAAUCAGAACAAUCAGGAAUUUCAGAGGUCCUCUUCUGAAGAUGAAGUUGUUAGAAAGAAACAACAAAAUGAUCCUAGCCAGGAGAGUCAGGGAGAAAAUGCGGCUGAAGAUGCAGUGUGCGCUCCCGGGCAUAUCUGCAGUGAACAAAAUACUAGUGAUAAGGCCAAGAACCAGGGAAAUUUUCCUGAACAGGUAGUGAGGCCCAAAGUUAGAAAACUGAUAAGUUCAAGCCAGGUGGACCAAGAAACAGGUUUUAAUAGGCAUGAGGCUAAGCAAAGAAGUGUUCAGAGAUGGAGGGAGGCUUUGGAAGUUGAAGAAAAUGGCUCAGAUGACCUCUUAAUAAAAUGUGAUGACUACGAUGGAGAACAUGACUGCAUGUUCUUGGAUCCACCUUACUCGAGAGUUACGCACAGGGAAGCAGAACAUAACCAAAUAACAGCGGAAAGUGGAGCCACAGCAGGAAGGCAAGAAGUGGUGGAUACCACCUUUUGGAAUGGCUGUGGAGAUUAUUACCAGCUGUAUGACAAGGAUGAAGAUAGUUCAGAAUGCAGUGAUGGAGAAUGGUCUGCCUCUUUGCCUCAUCGGUUUUCUGGUACAGAAAAAGAUCAGUCGUCAAGUGAUGAAAGCUGGGAAACUUUGCCAGGAAAAGAUGAGAAUGAACCUGAACUACAGAGUGAUAGCAGUGGUCCUGAAGAAGAAAACCAAGAAUUGUCUCUACAGGAAGGGGAACAGACAUCCUUGGAAGAGGGAGAAAUUCCUUGGUUACAGUACAAUGAAGUCAAUGAAAGCAGCAGUGAUGAGGGAAAUGAGCCUGCCAAUGAAUUUGCACAGCCAGAAGCUUUCAUGCUGGAUGGUAACAAUAACCUUGAGGAUGACUCCAGUGUGAGUGAAGACUUGGAUGUGGACUGGAGCCUGUUUGAUGGCUUUGCAGAUGGACUAGGAGUUGCUGAAGCGAUUUCUUAUGUGGAUCCUCAGUUCCUCACCUACAUGGCACUGGAAGAACGCUUAGCCCAGGCUAUGGAGACUGCACUGGCACAUUUAGAGUCUCUUGCAGUGGAUGUUGAGGUGGCCAAUCCACCAGCCAGUAAGGAAAGCAUUGAUGGUCUUCCAGAGACCCUUGUUCUUGAAGACCACACUGCAAUUGGUCAGGAGCAGUGCUGUCCAAUCUGUUGCAGUGAGUAUAUUAAGGAUGAUAUAGCAACAGAGCUUCCCUGUCACCAUUUCUUUCACAAACCUUGUGUCUCAAUUUGGCUACAGAAGUCGGGAACAUGCCCCGUGUGCCGCCGCCACUUCCCACCUGCCGUCAUCGAGGCAUCGGCAGCUGCGUCCUCCGAGCCUGACCAGGAGGCCCCCCCUUCUGGCGACAGCUCUGCGGAAGCCCCCUAAACCUUAACCCUUGAAUGAGAUCACUCUGUCAAAGUCAAUCUGCAAAUUCCUUCUCAAUCUGAUGUGCAAAUAAUUAUAUAUAAAUAAAUUUAAAAUGCUAUAUAUAGUCUAUGCCAUAGUUUAGAAAGAAGAAUAUUAACCUUUCUAAACUAAAUUUAGGUUCACAGAAAGUACUAAACAUUUUCAAGCUGAAUGUUGAAGCAGUGCAUCCAUUUUCUUUUGUUGAAUACGUUGGUAUUGUAAAGUCAAGCUUACCAAAUUAACUCUCUCCAGAAGAAAUAAUCAUAUAUGUGGCACAUAUUAUUGGUUUUGUCCGAAGUACUGCCACUAAGUGAUUAUAAUUAAGCUCUCCUAUUUGCAUCAAAUGUGAAGACUGUGAUCACAACAGUAGUAAAAUUUGGUUUCAUUGGAAAUAAAAAGAAUUCUAAAACAUGCUUUUUUCAUUGGUUGCUUUGCUUUUGCUACAUCAGAACCUCUUGGUUCAUAAUACUGAGUGGUUUCUUUAGGAAGGUGUCUACUCUUCCAUCUUUGUUUAAAAUUAGGACUUUUUAGAAUGCCAAACCAAGGCCAAAAUUUUGGCUUAAACAUCGCAAGAUUUUAAAAUCUUAAACGUAAUCCCCUUGGAAUGGUUAGACAGUAAAAUAAUUUUUUUUCCUUUUUCUAAAUGGUGGAUGUGCUUAAAGUAAGGUUAGCAAAGCAUGAGUGUUUUACUAUGGUUGGUGCUUCCGGUAAGGUUAGUAAAACUUAUGAACAAUCUAGUGUGCUCAGUGUUUGGUAUGAUGAGGUGAAUUAGAUGGCCUUAUGAAAUCCUUUCUCCCUUUCUGCCUGGUUACAGUUACACUUGAGAACAUUCAUGGCACAUUUGUUAAAUAAAUACUGG